CCUAAACGGAACUAGUGCAGAGCGUCAGAACCCAGACCUGGAACUCGCGUGCCUCGACCAACGACUCCUUGCCACUUUAUCCGUCUCCGGCCAAAACUCCGGCCGCCAGCGAAUACUCCUUUGCCACUUGACGGAAUUGAAGGUGCUAGCUCGAGCUAUCGGAUCUCUCUUCUCGUCACCGCUGAUCACGAGCACUGUUUAGGCCAGUCGUCUGCUUCAAUGGACAGGGAUUGAAAUGCACAGGCUAAAUGCAAAGCAUAGUCAACACAGUGAAAUUGGAACCCCAAAUUGAAUUGAACUUAACAUGGAAAACGAGGUGAUUGAUUUUGAUAUUGGUUUGGGAGGUGGAGGGGGGCAAGAACAAUCAGGAGAAGAUGAUGGUUUGGACAUUGAGCACCCUAUUGAUGAUGAGGACAUGGAAGUGGUGGUGAGUCCUUUUGGUGGUGCUGGAGAAAUUUACAUUCCUGAAGGAGACCUAGAUCUUGAACCUUAUGAAGGAAUGGAGUUUGAGUCGGAAGAGGCUGCCAAAGCUUUUUACAAUUCAUAUGCUCGGCGCAUUGGGUUCAGCACUCGAGUCAGCUCUUCUCGUCGAUCGAGGCGGGAUGGUGCGAUCAUACAGAGAUCCUUUGUUUGCGCUAAAGAGGGCUUUAGAAACUUAAAUGAAAAGAGAACCAAGGAUAGAGAGAUUAAGCGCCCCCGGACCAUCACCAGAGUGGGGUGUAAGGCAUCCUUGUCAGUCAAGAUACAAGAUUCUGGGAAAUGGGUUGUUUCUGGGUUUGUAAAGGAACACAAUCAUGAACUGGUUCCUCCAGAUCAGGUGCAUUGUCUUCGCUCUCACAGGCAAAUCUCUGGUCCUGCUAAAACCUUGAUAGACACCUUGCAGGCAGCAGGUAUGGGUCCUCGUAGGAUAAUGUCUGCCUUAAUUAAAGAGUAUGGCGGAAUCAGCAAAGUUGGGUUUACAGAGGUAGACUGUAGGAACUACAUGAGAAAUAAUCGCCAGAGGAGCUUAGAAGGAGACAUCCAGCUCCUUCUGGAUUAUUUGAGGCAAAUGCAUGCUGAGAACCCUGCAUUCUUUUUUGCUGUUCAGGGCAAUGAGAGUCAGUGUACGGGCAAUGUCUUUUGGGCUGAUCCAAAGGCAAGGAUGAAUUACACUUACUUUGGUGAUACCGUUACAUUUGACACAACUUACAGGUCAAACAGGUACCGUUUGCCAUUUGCCCCCUUUACGGGGGUAAACCAUCAUGGACAGCCUGUGCUGUUUGGUUGUGCUUUCCUAAUAAAUGAAACUGAAGCAUCAUUCAUUUGGCUAUUUAAGACUUGGCUUGCCGCAAUGUCAGGUCAUCCGCCUGUAUCAAUUACCACUGAUCAUGAUGCAGUAAUACGGUCAGCCAUCAGGCAGGUAUUUCCAGACACCCGCCACCGUUUUUGCAAAUGGCACAUCUUCAAAAAAUGUCAGGAGAAGUUGUCCCAUGUCUUCCACCAACAUCCAAAUUUUGAAGCAGACUUUCACAAAAGUGUGAACUUGACUGAUUCAAUUGAGGAGUUUGAGUCUUGCUGGAUGUCACUUGUGGAUAGGUAUGGUCUCAGGGAUCAUGAGUGGCUUCAAACCAUAUACUCUGCUCGUAAGCAGUGGGUCCCUGUAUAUCUGAGAGACACAUUUUUCGCUGAGAUGUCUAUAACACAGCGCAGUGACAGUAUGAACUCUUACUUUGAUGGGUAUGUUAAUGCUUCUACUAAUUUAAAUCAGUUUUUUAAGCUGUAUGAGAAGGCAGUAGAGAGUCGCAAUGAGAAAGAAGUGAAGGCAGAUUAUAAUACAAUGAACACUACUCCAGUUCUGAAGACCCCAUCUCCAAUGGAGAAACAAGCUUCUGAGCUCUAUACAAGGAAAUUAUUUGUGAGAUUCCAGGAGGAGUUGGUUGGAACACUUACUUUCAUGGCAUCCAAAUCUGAUGAUGAUGGGGAGAUCACUACAUAUCAAGUAGCAAAAUAUGGUGAUGAUCACAAAUCUUACUAUGUUAAGUUCAAUGUUCUAGAGAUGAAAGCUACUUGUAGCUGCCAGAUGUUUGAGUUUUCGGGUCUUCUUUGCAGACAUGUAUUGGCAGUUUUUAGAGUGACAAAUGUUCUUACUCUUCCAUCCCAUUACAUUUUGAAAAGAUGGACAAGAAAUGCCAAGAGCAGUGUUAUAUUGGAAGAACCUGUCGGGGAUGUAUUGAAUAGUUAUCUGGAGUCUCACACUGUUCGAUACAAUACCCUUCGUCAUGAAGCUUUCAAAUUUGUAGAUGAAGGGGCAAAAUCUAUUGACACUUGCAACAUGGCAAUGACUGCUCUACAGGAGGCUGCAAACAGAGUUGCCUUUGCAACUAAGAAUGAGGGGAGAACUACCAUGGUUAAUGGGCGUAACAGGGAUAACUUGACUAGCAGUGGAGGCCAGUCAAGUUAUACUGGGGGUGAUCAUGAAGGGAGCUUGGCCCAACCUUUGUCUGAGGAUGAUAUGGACAAGAAAAUACAGGAACUUAGCUAUGAACUGGAAUGUGCAAAUCGUAAGUGUGAAGUUUAUCGAGCCAACCUGCUUUUAGUUUUGAAAGAUAUUGAGGAUCAUAAACAACAGCUAUCUAUUAAAGUGCAAAACGUAAAGCUUAGCAUGAAAGAUGGCUUUUAAAGGUGCAAUACAGUUUCAACAUGAAGUUUAUAUUUUAUUUUUUUUACUCUAUUUUUAUAUGUAUCUGUUCUUGUACAUGCCAAAGUUGUCCAUUCACUUUUGGAGCAAUGUAGAUGUUGGGAAGCAUUUCAAAUUUCAACUGUGUUGAUUUUGGUAGAUGCACUUUAAGUUCUCGUGUCAAUCUGAAUUGACAACUCCUCCUUUCCAAACAACUGGAUAUGGCUGGCUUCAAAUCUGUACUAUUCUGAAAUGAAAUAUACGGUAAUAAUCUCACAAGCUAUCACGGAGGCAUUUGUAUAGAAACAUUAAGUCUUGCAGGGAUUGCCCCACUGUUCCUUUUGGCUGCUGCAUUGGCUCUGGAUAGCAGUUCAACAUAUGACUGACAAGUAAAUGAAUUCUUGGUGGACUCGAGGUUUUUCUCAACUUCCUCUGUACUUUUUUUCCAAAUAAUUUGCACCUUUCUAUUGGUUUGUAUUGUUCGAGUUCAUAACGGUGAUCUUGCAGGGGAUAAAAACAUUGCCGUCCGGUGGGCUUAUGCUUGCCAACAAGAGAUACAAACCUUAAGUUCUGAUGGUUGAUCUGGUGGGUGAGCUUCUUGUUAGCUGUUACGUUUUUCCCCCGAUAAGAUGUUGAAAUGGGUGAAGAGGCAGUUUUCCGUGAGAUAAUCAUGAUAUGAUCGUCAUUUUAUGUCUCUUUGAUUUUAAUUCAUGGAUCCAACUGUUGGAUCUGAACAUUUGAGCAUAAUCACCCCAACCCACUAAAAGGGGGGGAAAUGUGAAGAAAAGAAUAACUGCUGUACAUUCACGAGCUUGGUUUGGAGUAGUGAGCGGCAGAGGUGGCUCUUUCUCUCAAGACGAAAGACUUUGUACCAUGCACAUAACUGUUACUGGUUUGUUUCUCCAGCUUAAGGAAAAAAAGGCAGGAGAGGAAAAGCCAAGAAAAAUCAAAAUCCUUUUUCAUGUUUUUGUGCUUGGAGUUCAUACUUCUCGGAUUUGAAUUCAUGUGGAUUUAGAUUUAAAAAAAAUACAAUAUAAUGUGUGUAAUGCCAGUUGUUGCUGUGGUCCAGCAACAAAUUGUUAGUGCAGAUAGGAAAUUUUAAAUAAUUUUAAGCCUUUCCCAA